CUCGUCUCUGCGACUCUGGUCUAAUUACCAACAGUCGUAUAAACAUGAAGUCGAAUUAGGAAACAUGAAGUAUCUCAGCGCUUACGAGGAUACCUUGCGCCAUACCAUGGGAGUGGCCAGGUGUGCCCAUUUCCUGUCCAAAAAUGCAUCGCGAACAUUCCCACGCUCUUUCACUUCUCCUUUCACUCGUCUUCAGACUUCAAUCUGUAGGCUUACUGUUUUCUUACCGUCAUGGACUCCGCAUUACAAGCUUUUCGUGAUCGUAGGAAUGCGGAAAAAGCCGAUGGCAUUCCCGUGGCGAAGAAGGAUACGCUAAAGGCACCAUCAAGAAAAAAUAACAAUAGAAUGCAAGCAGUAUGGGAUAAGUAUGACACUCUUACAUUUUUAUAUCCGCAAAUACUGAAAUUAAAUAGUUAUAAAGCAAAAAACCCCGACGCAGACCUCCAAGAAGGGGAGACUCUUAUCGAAUUUGUGUGGGAUUAUGCUAGGCACAGUAAAGGGAAAAUCAGCGAUCGCUCGUCGAUACACACACUCGACCAAUACAUUCUGAGAUUUGCUGGAAUGAUGAAAGUUGAUCAUGGAAUUAAGAUACCAGAGAAGAAUAUCGAGGACGCUAGACAGGUAUGAGGACGCGCUUGUUAAACUCAUGCCCAAAACUUACGAACGUAGUUUCUCAAGGGCGACCUAAAAGAAGAACUCAGUCUCAGUGAUUCGCAGUACGAUAAAGGAUUUGCCGACUGGGAGGACAUUAAAAUCAUCAUCAAGCAUGGUCUCGCCUACGAUGAGCACCAGUACCACGAUGAAAGACAUCGUCUUCAACUUGUUUUCUUGUUUUUACUCAUUUCUGAUGACGGCGAAAGAAUCGGUGCAAUCGCACGCUCCGACUGCUACAGGGAGGAGGAAAGGGCAUUGACAUACAAUGUAGGCAUUACUAAGAAUUAUGCUCAACUAGAAUACUAA